AGGAGACGCGGCGAGGGGCGCGGGCUCGAGCGGGAGGCCGCGGGGGCGGCCGGCGGGGCCCGGCGGGCUCGGGCUCUCCGGAGGCAGGAGCGAGCGGCCGAGGUGGGAGGGAGGCGCCGGCCGGACGCGCCCCGCCGCGAAGCCCCGGGCGGGGCGGGCGCUGGCCGGACUUUUGUCCGAGUUGAAUCCCCUCCCCGUGGGGGGCCGGGCCUUCCCGGGCCGCUCCUGGCCUCGCCCCCGCCCCGCUCGCUCGCUCGCUAGCUCCCGGGACAUGUUUAUUUGGGCUGUGGCGUGAGGAGCGGGCGGGCCGAGUUUCGGGUCCGAGGAGCCUCGCGCGGCGCGGGAGAGAGACAAGAUGUCCGCCAGAGUGGCGGCCGCCAAGAAUACGACCAUGGAGGAAACAGCUAUAUGGGAACAACACACGGUGACACUUCACAGGGCUCCUGGGUUUGGAUUUGGAAUUGCGAUAUCAGGUGGAAGAGAUAACCCUCAUUUUCAGAGUGGGGAGACCUCCAUUGUGAUUUCCGACGUGUUGAAGGGAGGACCGGCGGAAGGACAGUUGCUGGAAAAUGACCGAGUUGCAAUGGUUAACGGGGUUUCAAUGGAUAAUGUUGAACACGCCUUUGCUGUGCAGCAACUAAGGAAAAGUGGAAAAAAUGCAAAAAUCACCAUUCGCAGGAAGAAGAAAGUUCAGAUCCCAAUAAGUCGUCCUGAUCCUGAACCAGUGUCUGAUAAUGAAGAAGACAGUUAUGAUGAGGAAAUCCAUGAGCCAAGAAGUGGUCGCAGUGGUCUGGUGAACAGAAGGAGCGAGAAGAGCUGGGCAAGGGAGAGAAGUGCAAGUAGAGAGAGGAGCUUGUCUCCACGCUCAGACAGGCGCUCGGUGGCCUCAAGCCAGCCUGCCAAACCCACCAAAGUCACGUUGGUGAAGUCUCGGAAAAAUGAAGAAUAUGGUCUUCGGUUGGCCAGUCAUAUAUUUGUGAAGGAGAUUUCACAAGAUAGUUUGGCAGCAAGAGAUGGCAAUAUUCAAGAAGGUGAUGUUGUAUUGAAGAUAAAUGGUACUGUGACAGAAAAUAUGUCAUUGACUGAUGCAAAAACACUGAUAGAGAGGUCCAAAGGCAAGUUGAAAAUGGUAGUCCAGAGAGAUGAGCGGGCUACCCUGCUGAAUGUCCCUGACCUUUCUGACAGUAUCCAUUCUGCUAAUGCCUCCGAGAGAGAUGAUAUUUCAGAAAUUCAGUCGCUAGCAUCAGAUCAUUCCGGCCGGUCACAUGACAGGCCUCCCCGCCGCAGCAGCCGGUCUCGAUCUCCUGACCAACGAUCCGAGCCUUCCGAUCUUUCCAGGCGCUCUCCCCAGCAGCCCAGCAAUGGCAGUCUCCGAAGCAGAGAAGAAGAGAGACUCUCCAAGCCUGCAGCUCUCUCAACCCCUGUAAAACACGGAGAGGACCACGUGACGAAAGCUAUAGAAGAGGUUAAAAUCGAAAGAAACGAGAAGCAAACACCUGCCCUUCCAGAACCCAAGCCUGUGUAUGCUCAAGUUGGACAACCAGACGUGGAUUUACCUGUCAGUCCAUCUGAUGGUGUCCUGCCUAAUUCAACUCACGAGGAUGGGAUUCUCCGGCCCAGCAUGAAAUUGGUAAAAUUCAGGAAGGGAGAUAGCGUGGGUCUGCGGCUGGCUGGUGGAAAUGAUGUCGGGAUAUUUGUGGCUGGUGUUCUAGAAGACAGCCCUGCUGCUAAGGAAGGCCUAGAGGAAGGAGACCAGAUUCUCAGGGUAAAUAAUGUAGAUUUCACCAAUAUCAUUAGAGAAGAAGCCGUCCUUUUCCUGCUCGAUCUGCCUAAAGGAGAAGAAGUGACUAUCCUGGCCCAGAAGAAGAAGGAUGUUUAUCGCCGCAUUGUAGAAUCAGAUGUUGGAGAUUCUUUCUACAUUAGAACCCAUUUUGAAUAUGAGAAGGAAUCUCCUUAUGGACUUAGUUUUAACAAAGGAGAGGUGUUUCGGGUCGUGGAUACCUUGUACAACGGAAAGCUGGGCUCUUGGCUGGCCAUUCGAAUUGGCAAAAAUCAUAAGGAGGUGGAGCGAGGCAUCAUCCCCAAUAAGAACAGAGCUGAACAGUUAGCCAGUGUGCAGUACACACUUCCAAAAACAGCAGGAGGAGAUCGGGCUGACUUUUGGAGAUUCCGAGGGCUUCGCAGCUCCAAGAGGAACCUUCGGAAAAGUAGGGAGGAUUUGUCAGCUCAGCCUGUCCAAACAAAGUUUCCAGCUUAUGAAAGGGUUGUUCUUCGAGAAGCUGGAUUCCUGAGGCCUGUAACCAUCUUUGGACCAAUAGCCGAUGUUGCCAGAGAAAAACUGGCCAGAGAAGAACCAGACAUUUAUCAGAUUGCGAAAAGUGAACCACGAGAUGCUGGAACUGACCAACGUAGCUCUGGCAUUAUUCGACUUCAUACUAUAAAGCAAAUAAUAGAUCAAGACAAACAUGCUUUACUAGAUGUAACACCAAAUGCAGUUGAUCGUCUUAAUUAUGCCCAGUGGUAUCCAAUUGUUGUUUUCCUUAAUCCUGAUUCUAAGCAAGGUGUGAAAACAAUGAGAAUGAGGUUAUGUCCAGAAUCUCGGAAAAGUGCCAGGAAAUUAUAUGAGCGAUCUCAUAAACUUCGUAAAAACAACCACCAUCUUUUUACAACUACAAUUAACUUAAAUUCAAUGAACGAUGGUUGGUAUGGUGCGUUGAAAGAAGCGAUCCAGCAGCAGCAGAACCAGCUGGUGUGGGUUUCUGAGGGAAAGGCGGAUGGUGCUACAAGUGAUGACCUUGAUUUGCAUGAUGACCGUCUGUCCUACCUGUCAGCCCCAGGUAGUGAAUACUCAAUGUAUAGCACGGACAGUAGACACACUUCCGACUAUGAAGACACUGAUACAGAAGGCGGGGCCUACACUGAUCAAGAACUAGAUGAAACUCUUAAUGAUGAGGUGGGGACUCCACCGGAGUCUGCCAUUACACGGUCCUCUGAGCCCGUGAGAGAGGACUCCUCUGGGAUGCAUCCUGAAAGCCAGACAUACCCUCCCUACUCAACACAGGCGCAGCCACAGCCAGGCCAUAGAGUAGACUCCCCUGGAUGUAAGACAGCCGCUCAACAGAAAGCAGAAGCCUCAUCUCCAGUCCCUUACCUUUCGCCUGAAACAAACCCAGCAUCAUCAACCUCUGCUGUUAAUCAUAAUGUAAAUUUAACUAAUGUCAGACUGGAGGAGCCCACCCCAGCUCCUCCCACCUCUUACUCACCACAAACACCGAGCACUGAGGCAGCUCACGUAAUGCUAAGGGAUCAAGAGCCGGCACUGUCGUCGCAUGUAGAUCCAGCAAAGGUCUACAGAAAGGACUCAUAUCCUGAAGAGGUGGUGAGGCAGAAUCCUGUUCUGAAACCACCAGCCGUUGGUCACCUGGGCCAGAGGCCUGAGAAGGAGCCCAGUAUGACCUAUGAACCCCAGCUCCCGUACCUGGAGAAGCAAUCCAGUAGGGACCUUGAGCAGCCCACAUACAGAUACCAGUCCUCAAGCUACGCAGACCAGUUUUCUCGAAACUAUGACCACCGUCUGCGAUACGAAGAUCGCAAGCCUGCGUAUGAAGAGCAGUGGUCUUACUACGAUGACAGACAGGCCUUCCAAGGCCGGCCGUCUUUCGAUAAUCCACACACUCGAGACCUUGAUUCCCGACAGCAUCCUGAAGAGUCCUCAGAACGAGGGUAUUUCUCGCGUUUUGAAGAGCCAGCCCCUGUGUCUUACGACAGUAGAGCACGCUAUGAACAGCUGCCCAGGACCUCUACACUGCGGCACGAAGAGCAUCCGACUCCUGCGUACGAUGUGCAUAGCAGACAGAGAGCAGAAGCGCAGCCCUAUCCCUCCGCAGCCCCUAAGCCCUCUGAGCCCAAGCAGUAUUUUGACCAAUACCCACGAGGUUAUGAGCAAAUACCCCCGCAAGGGUUUGCCUCUAAAGCAGGCCACUACGAGCCUGUUCACAGUGCUACAGUGGUUUCUUCUCUGAUACCGUCCUCUCAGCAUAAGCCAGAAGUCCUGCCUUCCAGUACCAAACCACUGCCUCCGCCCCCAGCUGAGGAAGAAGAGGAUCCAGCAAUGAAACCACAGUCUGUGCUCACUCGAAUUAAAAUGUUUGAGAACAAAAGGUCUGCAUCGCUGGAGAACAAGAAGGAUGGGAAUGACGCUGCCGCCUUCAAGCCUCCAGAAGCGUCCAAAGCCCCAGCUGCUGCUGCUGUUGGCCCUAAAUCCACCUCGCAGAACCAAUUCAGUGAGCAUGACAAAACCUUAUAUAGGCUGCCAGAGCCCCAGAAACCUCACGUAAAGCCCCCUGAAGAUAUCGUUCGGUCAAAUCAUUAUGACCCCGAGGAAGAUGAAGAAUACUACCGAAAACAGCUCUCCUACUUUGACCGGAGAAGUUUUGAGAGCAAGCCUGCUGCCCACAUUGCUGCCAGCCACCUCUCAGAGCCAGCCAAGCCAGUUCAUUCUCAGAACCAACCAAAUUUUUCUACUUACUCUUCAAAAUAUCUUGGCUCUUACGCUAGCUCUCACUGCUUGAAAAGGAGCGUCAAGUGGGGAAAACCUGAAGCUGAUGCCCUGGAUAGAUCGUUUGGUGAGAAGCGCUAUGAGCUGAUCCAGGCCACCCCGCCGCCCCCUCCGCUGUCCUCGCACUACACCCAGCCUGCUCAGCCUGUCGCCAGCUCCUCUCUGCACAUACACUCAACGGGAGCACAUGGGGAAGGCAACUCAGUGUCACUGGACUUUCAGAAUUCCUUAGUGUCCAAACCAGACCCACCGCCGCCUCAGAGUAAGCCAGCAACUUUCAGACCAGCAACCCGAGAAGACACUGCUCAGUCUGCCUUGUAUCCUCAGAAGAGCUUCCCAGAUAAAGCCCCAGUUAAUGGAGCUGAGCAGACUCAGAAAACUAUCACUCCAGCCUACAAUCGAUUCACACCAAAACCUUACACCAGUUCUGCUCGGCCAUUCGAACGCAAAUUUGAAAGUCCUAAGUUUAACCACAAUCUUCUGCCAAGUGAAACUGUACAUAAACCUGACUUGUCCUCCAAACCCCCAGCUUCUCCCAAAAUCCUUGGGAAAGCGCACAGUUCAGCACAGCCGCCUGAGUUCGACAGUGGAGUGGAAACUUUCUCCAUCCAUGCAGAAAAGCCUAAAUACCAAAUAAACAGCAUCAGCACAGUGCCUAAAACUGCUGCCAUGGGCCCAUCCUCUGUGGAGGAAGAUGAAGAUGAAGAUGGUCACACUGUGGUGGCCACGGCCCGAGGCAUAUUUAACAGCAAUGGUGGCGUGUUGAGCUCCAUAGAAACUGGCGUUAGCAUAAUUAUUCCACAAGGAGCCAUUCCCGAAGGCAUUGAACAGGAAAUCUAUUUCAAGGUCUGCCGGGACAACAGCAUCCUUCCUCCUCUGGACAAAGAGAAAGGUGAGACGUUGCUGAGCCCCCUGGUGAUGUGUGGGCCCCAUGGCCUCAAGUUCCUGAAGCCCGUGGAGCUGCGCCUGCCACACUGUGCGUCCAUGACUCCUGACGGUUGGUCUUUUGCUCUAAAAUCAUCCGACUCCUCGUCGGGUGAUCCCAAAACCUGGCAGAACAAGUGUCUUCCUGGAGAUCCGAAUUACCUUGUUGGAGCAAAUUGUGUUUCUGUCCUGAUUGACCACUUUUGAUUUACACUGUGGGGACCUGAUUGACUAAUGUGAAGCUGAGUGAAGCCUACCAAGGCUACAUGGAACCACUCUACCAAGUAUUAUAUUUUUUGUAGAGUUGAUAUUACAGUUUGUUUGUAUUAAGCAUUUGUUGGACUGGUCCAGAUUGUGAGCAUGCCCUGAACCGUGGUCAGAACACAUGCUUCCAGCUGCAUGUUUGUGAUGGAAGAACUCUUGGUAUUGGCUAUAGGUUCAAAGGUUCUUUUCGCUAUAAUGAUUUUGUACUUGUUUUUAUGGUCACUGCUUAACUUCAUCUACUGAUUUCCGUUAAAAUACCAGCCACUAAUGGGGGUGCAUUUAGUUCUGUUAUUUCCAAAGUACGUUGUUUCAAAGUUAAUUAUGGCCCUGGCCCUGCACACAGGUUUAUUUUUAUUAUGCAUGAAGUAUAUGCACACAUUUUAAAAAUGCACCUGGAAUAUAUAACCAGUAUAGUGGAUUUAACAGAAAUGUACAGCAGGGGGAAUUUAUAACUUUCGGGGGGAGGGGUGUUCAGGUGAAGACAAUACUUACUGUAUAUGAAAAUACAUCUUUCUUAAGGAAGGACACCAAAGCAUGUGAGACUGGUAACGUGGCCUCUUUGGAUCGCUGAGCAUAUCACCACACUCAUACUAACCAGCAGGAAUGCCUUACCCUCAUGGUUUUAAUUCUUAGAUCAUUCUUGCCAUGUUACUAAGUUUUUAUGGGUUUUGUCCGCAUCUAGAUACUGUAUCAUGAAGAAGAUUGGAUAAAUUGUGAAUUUGGUGGUUUCUGAAAUGUAUAAAUCACCCAGAAGAAAAUAAUGGUGUGAUUUGGGGAGGGGGAUUUUUUUUUUUUUUUUUUUUUUGCCAAGGGCAGUAGCUGUUUUCUUCUGGACUUGGUUUGAACACUUCGAUGUUUUCAGGAUGCUUGUACAUACUGCGUGCAUACCACUUUUACUCUUGGUUUGUAAAUUAACUUUUAUAAACUUUACCUUUUUUAUACAUAAACAAAGCAAGUUUCUAAAGGCUACCUUUGUAUUCUCUCCUGUACCUCUUGAGCCUUGAACUUGGACCUCUGCAGCAAUAAAGCAGCAUUUCUAUGACACACAAGGUCAUUUUUUUAAAGACAAAGAAUGCACAGAGUUGUUACAUUUUUAAGUGCUGCAUUUAAAAGACAGUUCCUCAGAAUUCUCUAGUUUGAUUAAAUUCUUGCAAAGUAUCCCUAUUGUAAUUUGUGAUACAAUGCUGUGCCCUAAAGUGUAUUUUUUUACUAAUAGACAAUUUAUUAUGGCACAUCAGCACGACUUCUGUUCAGAUAAUACACCACUACUUUCUGUUAAUCAUUAGGUGUGACUGAGUUUCUUUCGCAGUUAUUAAAAAUCUCAAAUUUCUAAAUAUACAGAAUAAACUUUUUAAAAUAAAGUGCUGGUUUGGUCUGUU